GCCGCGGAGGAGGCGGUGGCGGCGCACCGCGGAGCGGGCCGCGGGCUCGGCGUGAGGCGGCGCCGGCCGCGGCGGCGGGGCCGAGCGCAGCCCAGCCGAGCCCGGGAGGUGAAAGUCUUGGUCCCGGCUGAACUCGCUCCGGGGCCUGCGGGAGCAGUAUGGCCGCCAGCCUGUGGAUGGGGGACCUGGAGCCAUAUAUGGACGAAAACUUUGUUUCAAGAGCCUUUGCCACCAUGGGAGAGCUUGUUCUGAGCGUAAAAAUCAUUCGAAACAGGUUGACAGGAAUUCCAGCAGGCUAUUGCUUUGUAGAAUUUGCAGAUCUAGCUACUGCAGAGAAAUGUUUACACAAAAUCAAUGGGAAACCACUUCCUGGUGCGACACCGGCAAAGCGAUUUAAGUUGAAUUAUGCAACGUACGGGAAGCAGCCAGACAACAGCCCAGAAUAUUCUCUCUUCGUGGGAGACCUGACCCCUGAUGUGGAUGAUGGCAUGUUGUACGAAUUCUUUGUCAAAGUUUAUCCAUCCUGCAGAGGUGGAAAAGUUGUUUUGGACCAGGCAGGAGUAUCCAAAGGUUACGGGUUUGUGAAAUUCACAGAUGAACUGGAACAGAAAAGAGCCCUGACAGAGUGCCAGGGAGCUGUGGGCUUGGGCUCCAAGCCUGUGCGCUUGAGUGUGGCUAUACCCAAAGCCAAUCGUGUGAAGUCGCUGGAGUACAGCCAGCUGUACAGCUACAACUACAACCAGUACUACCAGCAGUACCACAGCUACUACGCGCAGUGGGGGUACGACCAGAACACCGGCAGCUACAGCUACAGCUACCCGCAGUACGGCUACACGCAGAGCACCAUGCAGACAUACGAAGAGGUUGGUGAGGAUGCACUGGAAGAUCCCACACCUCAGCUAGACGUCCACGAAGCAAAUAAACAGUUUAUGGAGCAGAGUGAAGAGCUCUAUGAUGCCUUGAUGGACUGUCAUUGGCAGCCUUUGGACACUGUCUCCUCAGAGAUCCCAGCUGUGCUAUAGCCUCAUGGCUGAGGCGCUGUGUCUGUCUGAGGAGCCUGCAGCGUGCUCCGGACUCUGCCGCUGCACCCAGAUCCUGCAGUGGUCAGGGGUGGCCCUUUGUCCACCCAGAUCUGGUACUCGAGGUACAAGGAGGGCUGUGGCCUUCCCUGUACGGAAUGAAUAUCAUAGGAGCAUCAUGGUAACCUUUAUUCAUGGUGAAAAACUAGAACUGCAACAGUUUUAGUCCCUUUGUCUUGAAAUGAACUCUUACUACUUGUUGGGAAUUGUAAUUUAUAAACUUCCAACCAGCUGGCACAGGGCAAAGACUCUGCUCCAACAUACAAUAAAGAAGUUGGUAUUUUCAGUAAAAUUACCCUUGGCAUUCUGGUUCCUGCCCAGUUUUCUGCUUUGCUGCCCAUUCACUGUCUUCAGUCCUUCAAUCCAACUCUCAUGAACGUCAGCUUCUAAGAAAAUCACUGUUGGAUGCCACUAAAGCGUCUCAAAAAGCUUUCUAAGUGACUGUGUGAGGUUGACCUGAGCCUGGGGAAGAGCCAUGUAGAUGGAAGCUGAUGUUCUCUUUAAGAUAAGCUGUGAUCAUGAUCUAGCAAGCUGAUAGCUCUGCGUUCUUCAGCAGUCUACCUGAAGAGCAUUUUGGAGAGUAAAGACAAAAAGGAGCAUUGUAAAACUGCUGCAGACUGAUGCCUUCUGCCUGGUGAUCUCCACCUGUGAGGAAAUAAUUCCCCAUCAGUUUAGAACACCUUUACCAGCAGCCUUGUUUCAAUGGCAUUAUCAUGCCUUUCUUCUCAUCAUGGGCACACACUGCUGCUUUUAACAUCUCAUUAGGAUGUUAAGAUUUCAUAGCAUCUUCCACUGUCCUGUCAGUGACUGUGGUGGAGCUGAAGAUGUGGCAGCAGAACCAGGACAGAGUGAUCUAGUUGAGAUAAUGGUGCAACAAAUUGCUGCUGCCCUGGCAGAGUUUCCUGUGGAUGGACAAGCAAUACACUUAAGCUGAUAUUAUGUUGUGUUAGAGGUGAAAGCAACAAUAAUAGCACUUCUGUACCUGUUCUGAGCCCUUCUCAGGCUUUUGUGCCUUAAACUCUUGGAGAAAUAGCAGAUAAAAACUACCUGUAACAAAUGUCUAUCCAAGGAGUAGUUUGGGAACUGAAGCUGCUGCUGCUAAGCAUUUGCUUGCCUCCCUGCCCAUGCAGAUGCGGACAUUUGCCACAAGAUUGAAAUUCUUUCAUAAAGCCUUCUGCUACACCUUUGUGUCCCUAAUUACAGCCUCUGACAGUCUGUGGUGUUCCACCAACUGCAACAGGAAGCGCUCCAUCAGCCUGAGGGGAGUGGUGGCAUAUCCUGGACUUAGUGUUGGCUCUGUGUGGUCUAGAGCACAGCUCUGAUGAGGAGGGGCUGAGGAAACUGGGCUUUUUCCAGCCUGGAGAAGAGGAGGCUGAGGAGAGAUCUUCUGUCUCUCUACAACUCCCUGAAAAGAGGCUGGAGCCAGGUUGGAGUGAGGUCUCUUCUCCCAAGGAACAAAUGAUAGGAUAAGAAGAAACAGCCCCAAGUUGCCGCAGGGAAGGUUUAGGUUGAACACAAAGAACAAUUUCUUCCUCCAAAGGGUUGUCAAGCCCUAGUCCAGGUUGCCCAGGGCAGUGGUGGAAUCCCCAUUCCCUAUAGGGGUUUCAAAGCCAUGGAAAGGUGGUACUGAGGGCCAUUCUUGGGUGGUGCCCUGGCAGUGCUGGGUUAAGUGUUGGAUUUGGUGGUCUUGGAGGUCUUUUCCAACCCUAAGGAUUCUGUGAGACUGUUCUCUGGUUCUGUGAUUUCUGAAUGAGUGGAUCUAGGGGACUGCUGGGCCUCUGCAUUCCUGUCUGUGAUUUUCUCCCUCCUGCUGUGCACCUGUCUGUGCUGUGGGCUGGUAGCAGUCUCCUAACCCUCAGUUGCUCUGAAUUUAAGGAAAUGAGAGCCUUGAGCCCUUAGUGGGGAGGAAUUUAGAAUACACACAUAGAAUACAUAGAAUAAACCAGGUUGGAAGAGACCUCCAAGAUCAUCGCGUCCAACC